GAGCCACAGCUGUUCGAGGGAAAAAAAAGAGCCUCGUGGACACGUGGCGUUAUCGCUAUAUAUAUAUACAUACGAACAAGGGAUUCUGCAGCAGCGAAAGUUUAAAAAAAGUAACGACACGACGCUUACGUAUUAUACAAGAAUCGAAACUUUGCCUGCGUCAUUGCGGAAAUUGAGUUUUUUUCCUCAAACUCUGAAAAAUUUUCGUUCAAAAUUCCAUUAUCGAAUGCAUCAAGGCCACGCAGUGAUAAUAACGCUCUAUAAUGAAUAGACGUCUCGAAUUACCCAUUAGAGGCCCAUUACACAGGUACUUUUAAACACUCGCGCUACGAGAGAGAGAGGCGCGUGUCUCGAGCGAUUAAUGCUCGUGAAAAUUCAACCCCUGCGCGACUCGCAGCAGGGGGAGCUCUGCGAAUGAGUCAUACUGCGGAGGGUGAAUCACGCGAUCCGUUUCGCAGCGAUGGGCUCUUUUCGCGCAAGCGGGACACGGUGUUAUAUAGGCGGGGAUUUUUUUACGAGGACCAUAAGUAUAUGCAGUAACGCGUGAGCCACAAGACGAUCCUGAGUAUAGGGUGGUUUGGAUUUUUCGUCCUUUUUGCACACGAAGAGUGCAAACAAUUGCGCUCUUUACUAUGUUCUAGCUCUUGUUCGCAGUCACGGAGGCCGUGGCUGUGUUACAGAGAGAAGGAGAGCCAGCAAAAACGAGGGCAGCUUCAGCGACAUUCAAUUAUUUCUGUUGAGCCCUGACGUCGAUCUAGCUCUAUAACCAAAAAAAAAAAGUUGCGCCAUAGCAAUGGAUCGUUGAUCGCGGUUAUAUCACAUCUCUCGAUAAGAAUAAGCUCAGAGCAUGGCUACCGCCGCAGCAGCUCCCGCGAUCCCGCCAGAGCAGGACAACAAAUCGAUCGCCGCGAAAGCAGGCCUCUUCCUCAAACUGUACUGGCGCGUGAUAGUCGUCGUAGCCUGGCCGCUGUUUCUCCUGCCGUUCCUCCUAGCUUACGACCGCCUGGAAACGAGAUGCGCCUUCGUGGUCCUGCUGAUGGCGAUGUUCUGGGUGACCGAGUCGAUCCCCCUGCCCAUGACGUCCCUCCUGCCGCUGGUCCUGUUUCCCAGCCUGGGUAUCCUCAGCACGGCCGACACCUGUCUCUGCUACAUGAACGACACGAUAAUGGUCUUCAUCGGUGGCCUCAUCCUGGCCAUCGCCAUCGAGCACUGCAACCUGCACAUGCGCAUCGCCCUCGGGGUCAUGAGGUUCGUCGGCUGCAGCCACCGGAAGCUACUGGCUGGACUGCUGGCCGUCACCACCUUCCUCUCCAUGUGGGUCUCCAACACCGCCUGCACCGCCAUGAUGGUGCCGAUCAUCUUCGCGGUGCUGCAGGAGCUCGAGAAGGAGGGCCUCGGAAAGGUGUUCGAUUACAAGGAGGGGGAUCCCGAGGACCCGGAAAGCGAGAGAGAGCCGACGAAGGUGACGAAGGCCUACCUCCUCGGCGCGGCUUACUCGGCGACUUUCGGUGGUACCGCGACGAUCGUCGGCACCGGCACCAAUCUCACCUUCAAGGGCAUCUUCGAGAGCUCCUUCCCCCGAGCCGACGGCAUCAACUUCACCCAGUGGAUGAUCUGGGCGACGCCCCAGGCUCUGGUCAACAUCGUCAUCACCUGGCUCUACGUCCUCGUCUUCUACAUGGGCAUGUUCCGGCCCGACAGCCAGGACGCCAAGGACGCCAGGAUCGGUAGCGAGGGAGAGGCCAUCGCCAACAGGCAGGUGAUGAUGGAAAAAUACAGGAAGCUGGGCAGGAUGAGCUUUCACGAGGGCGCAGUCAGUGUUCUCUUUGCCCUGUGCGUUUGCCUCUGGUUCUUUCGUCGGCCGGGAUUCGUUACUGGCUGGUCCGAGCUACUGUCCGACAUAGACAUCAGAGACUCCACGCCGGUCAUGUUCGUCGCGAUUCUCAUGUUCGUCAUCCCCAAGGAGCCGUCGUUUCUCUACGUCUGCAGCAAAGACGCCAACAAAAGACCCACGAGGUCGUCGGAGGGUUUGAUCACGUGGAAAGCCAUCGAGAGCAAGAUGCCCUGGAGCCUGAUGUUUCUGCUGGGCGGUGGCUUUGCUAUCUCCAAGGGUAGCAACGAGUCUUGUCUGUCGAAGAGAAUAGGAGAAUCGCUGUCUCCGCUGAAGGAACUGCCGCCUUUUUUAAUCCUCUGUAUAACUUGCCUCUUCACUGGUACAAUCACGGAAUUCACGUCGAACAUUGGAAUAGCCAACAUCAUGCUACCGGUCAUCGCUCAAAUGAGCGUGGCAGUACAGAUACAUCCCUUGUACGUGAUGAUCCCGUCGGCGCUCAUGUGCUCGUACGCUUUUCGACUUCCGGUCGGAACGCCACCGAACGCCAUCAUCACCGUGACCGGUGAACUGCCGGUGAAGAGUCUCAUGCUCGGCGGCUGCGGACCCGCGAUUUACAGUUUUUUCGUCGUCAUCGCCAUGUUCCCGACCUGGGGCGCCUACGUGUACAAAAUAAAGGACUUUCCCGACUGGGCCAGGCCAGACAACAAAUUGGUUGGAGGCCACGUUUGCUAACUUAAGUCGUAAGCCUACAUCGCGUUUCAGUUUUUCACGUAGUACUUUAAUUCCGGUAAAAAUAGAGUUUAUUAACUUUUCAAUGCUAUUUUUUUUUCUACCCAAGAAAGUUAAUAUUUUUUUGUAAUCUUUGCAAAAAGAAAACAAAACCUUAAAAAAUAAA